AUGGAGACGUCCGACGCCAAGUCAUUAUCGACCGACUCUUCGCACUCAACUACACCCAACUCCACAUCCACAUAUAAAUACUCUCAUGAAUCUUUCGAGACAUUCCGCAAGAAAGUCGGAGCUCUGGCUCAUGAUAUUGGAUCCAAAUCUCUUGAGAACAUCGUCGUCUUACGGAUCCCACGGUUUGCAGAGGACACAGAUCCACUGAAUGAAGACAUUCGUAAUCAGUAUUCUAUUCUCGACGCAACUGCCAAGCUUGGCCUACGUGUUCCUCGUGUACUCGCUUACGACUGUACUUCAAACAAUGCUCUCGGCAUGCCAUUCUCUCUGCAGACGCGACUUGAAGGACAAGCACUGGAUCUGACCUAUGGGGAUCUGACAAUCACCGAAAGACUCAGCACAGCGAGCGAAUUGGUACGUCUUUUGGCAGCAAUCGAGAACAUGAAGUUUCCGAACCCAGGCAGACUCGAAUGCUCUGGAGCAGUGCCCGACCGCCAUGGAAUUGGCAAAGUAGAUGACACUAGCCCUAUGGAUAUUCUACAGGUCCAAGGUUUUGGCGUCGGUGUCGGAUCAUCCAGAUCGAAGCCGACCUCCCCAUCACCAACUUCAUUACGAGAGCUCCUGAGUACGCAGUUUGAUGCCUGGAUACAGCACAAACUUGCAGAUGAUCCUACUGAAACGUUCGACGCCGGAAUGUUUCAGCGUUUGAAAAAGAUCUAUUCCGAGAUGGAUGAGUUGGGAUUCUUUGAAGAUCGAGCUUCACUCAACUCCAAUGUUCUAUAUCAUUGGGACCUUGAGCCUCGUAACAUUCUCAUUGAACGAAACACUACUGUUCCUUCUUCCGAUGCCUCUGAAGAACACCACGUACAGAUCACUGGCGUGUUAGACUGGGACGAUGCUCUAAGUGUUCCUCCUAUCCUCGCACGCAAACCUCCUAUCUGGCUCUGGGAUUUCUCUGAUGAUGAAACACUUCCCUCGUCUGUCCUUGCACACUAUUACGGAGACAUGGACCUUAUACCUCCAGAACUCUACAGUGAUGCUAGAACUCGUCUCUCCAAGGAAGACUUACAAGUCAAGAAGUUCUUCGAAUCAGAAAUCACAACUAAGCUCUAUGGCGACACCAGCUCCGCAAGCCGGGAAGCUUAUCUCGAUGAUGCAUAUGGAAGAGGAAGAUGGAUUCGGCGUCUUUGGAGGUUUGCUCUUGAAGGCUUCUACGAUAGUCAACACAUCUCUCGAUACGAGGAUUUUGACAAAGAUUGGACCGAGUAUAGGAAAACGCAGGUCAUAGCCUAG